UAUUACCUGCCAUUGACAGAGAGUGGCGCCAUAUUGCGCUCAGCUGUUACUAGCGAGAGAAGGCGGUGGUCAGGAUUAGAAGCUGCGCACUUGCAUUCACUUUCACCUAUUUCAAAUGGACGCGAUGGCAAGCCCAAUUAAAGAUAAUUAUAGAAUGAAGAGUUAUAAGAAUAAAGCUCUGAAUCCUCAAGAGAUGCGCAGGCGAAGAGAAGAGGAAGGUAUUCAGCUUCGAAAACAAAAGAGAGAAGAACAACUUUUCAAAAGAAGGAAUGUUUCUCUUCCUGCAAAUGAUGAAUCCAUGUUAGAUUAUCCAAUACAAGAUCCUGACGUCAGUUCCACUGUUCCAAUUACAGGGGAAGGUGUAAUAACACCUGAAAUGGUUCAGAUGAUUUUUUCAGAUGACCCUGACCAGCAGCUUGUAGCCACGCAAAGAUUUAGAAAGUUGCUCUCAAAAGAACCAAAUCCUCCUAUUGAUGAAGUAAUAUUUUCUGUUGGUGUGGUAAAUAGAUUUGUUGAAUUUCUUAAAAGAAAUGAAAAUUGUACAUUACAGUUUGAAGCUGCGUGGGCUUUGACAAACAUAGCAUCUGGAACCUUCCAACAUACAAAAGUUGUUAUUGAAACUGGGGCAGUCCCUAUUUUCAUAGAGUUGCUUGAUUCUGAAUAUGAAGAUGUACAAGAGCAGGCUGUGUGGGCUUUGGGAAAUAUUGCUGGAGAUAAUGCUGAGUGUAGAGACUACGUGUUAAACUGUGGGAUACUACCUCCACUGUUGCAGUUAUUAACAAAAUCAAGUCGGCUUACAACAACAAGAAAUGCAGUCUGGGCUCUGUCUAACUUAUGCAGAGGGAAGAAUCCUCCUCCUGAUUUUAGCAAGGUUUCUCCCUGUUUGAAUGUCCUGUCAAGGCUACUUUUCAGCAGUGAUCCAGAUGUUUUGGCAGAUGCCUGCUGGGCUUUAUCGUAUCUUUCUGAUGGUCCCAAUGACAAAAUUCAAGCUGUGAUUGACUCUGGAGUAUGUAGAAGGCUGGUGGAACUUCUAAUGCAUACUGAUUAUAAAGUCAUUUCACCUGCUUUAAGGGCUGUUGGAAAUAUUGUGACUGGUGACGAUAUUCAGACUCAAGUAAUAUUAAAUUGUUCAGCGUUGCCAUGUCUUCUGCAUUUGCUUAGUAGUCCUAAAGAAUCCAUUAGGAAGGAAGCCUGUUGGACAGUUUCUAACAUUACAGCUGGGAAUAGAGCUCAGAUUCAGGCAGUCAUUGAUUCCAAUAUUUUUCCCCUGCUGAUUGAGAUUCUACAGAAGGCUGAAUUUCGUACAAGGAAAGAAGCAGCAUGGGCCAUCACUAAUGCCACUUCUGGUGGAACACCUGAACAGAUAAAGUAUUUGGUAUCUUUGAAUUGUAUCAAGCCACUCUGCGAUCUUCUAACAGUGAUGGAUUCUAAAAUAGUUCAGGUUGCUCUUAAUGGACUGGAAAACAUUUUGAGAUUAGGAGAACAAGAAGCCAAACAAAAUGGAACAGGCAUCAAUCCAUAUUGUGCCCUGAUUGAAGAAGCAUAUGGUUUGGAUAAAAUUGAAUUUCUUCAGAGCCAUGAGAAUCAAGAGAUCUAUCAGAAAGCUUUUGAUUUAAUCGAGCAUUAUUUUGGUGUAGAGGAGGAAGAUUCAAGUAUUGUUCCACAGGUGGAUGAAAGUCAGCAACAAUUUAUCUUUCAGCAACAAGAGGCUCCAAUGGAGGGAUUUCAACUUUAAUGGAACACACAGACACACACACAUCAAAUCUCUAGAUGGAUUUUUUCUCUGUUUUUUAAGUUUUUUUUUUUUUUUAAGGUGCUUGGUAACACUUUAUGCAGCCAAAGCCUGAAAGUCAUACGUUCGAAUUACCAUAAAGCAGCUUAUGCACUUAUUGAUAGAGAGGAGGAAAAUAUACUGCUGUAUUAAGACUUUUUUGACUCCUUGUGACCCAAUUUGUUUACUAGCAUGAUGAAAAGAAAUUUACAUUUCAUAUUUUUAGUCUUUUAUCGUCAAAUCAACAGGCAAAAGUAUACACUUUGAGUCUGAAACAUGGAUAUGAAUCUAAAAUUAUCCACUCAUUAAUCUACCUCUUUCUUGCAUUAAGAUUAGAAAAAAGAAUUACGGAAGAGUACACUUGUGUUACUUUUAAAGUAUCAGAAUGUAAAAAAAAUGAAUAUUGUGAAUGAUCUAGUUAAGAAAUGUCAUUUGAUCACAGCAGGUACCUGGUUUGUCUUAACUUAUGUGGCUGCUUGUAUGAUGGCUUUCUAUUGGUGUUAAGUUAUGCAGAUACACAGCUUUAACAUAGUCUGUGAAAUAUAUAUUUUUUCAGCCUCUUUCCUUCAUUCCUCUGUUCUCGUUCUCUCUCUCUCUCUCUCUCUCUAAAAUCCUUUCUCUGCUGGAAAUCUAAUAAAAUUUUUGGGUAGAAAAUGUUUAGGGCUAUAAUUGUUUGCCAAGGAGCCAGUAUUCUACAAAGUAACACCACCAAUCCCAAAACCCAAAAUGAGACUGCACUUAAAUUGUACAAAAUGUAAAAAAAAUAAAUAAAAGAUUUGUGGUUUGCACAGUACUUUGACCAUGUAGUUAGUCUAUUUACUGCCUUCAUUGUAUUGAAAGAAUAUUUAAAAGUUUUAUAUUAUUUCAUACAAUAUACUAAACGUAGUAGUCAUUUUGUAAUCCGUUUUGGCUUUGGAUUGUGGUUUAAAAGUGCAGUUGCAGCACUGCUGAGUGUUAGAGGACACUACUAUGCAGCAGUUUUCUCUGUGCUGAAAGAUUUACUGAAGAUCAAGGUUUUUUAUUAUUAUUUCUAUGAAAAUUGAGGAAUUUUUGAAUAAUCAGUAAUGGCUCUAAGGUUUGUAGGAGUUUUUCUUCAUAUUUACAUGAAUGAAUUUAUUUAAAUACAAUAUGCAGUGGCGCUUUUGGGUACUAUUUCCUAAAUUGCUGUGGGCCAUGCGUUAAAUAUUUAGCCAUUAACAGAUUCUUUUUUUUAUUGUUGAAGAUUAUUCUGUCUUCCUUGUUUGUGAGUUUGUUUUUUUUUUUUUAAACUGGCAAGAGUAUGCUGUUUAAUUUGCCUAAUCAGGACUUGGUCAAGCUUGUUUUGAGAAAUUCCUAUAAUUUAUAUAUGUGGCUUUUAUUUAUUUUUCCAUGCAAGCGUUCUAAUUCCAUGGCCAUUUUGUUUUUUUUUUUUUGUGAAUAUACUGUGAAUGCUGUAAAGAUCAGAGUCUGAUUUACACACUACCAUAUCACUUUACAACUUGUGUUUUAAUUUAAGUGAAAUCAUGUCUUUUACAUUAUUACAAAUUCAGACCUCUAUGUAAUGAGAAAAUUACAAGCAGUAUUGUUUACUAAGCCUUAGUGGCACCUUGAUGUAGUUCAUCAUGGUUAUAUAAAAAGGAGAAAAAAUAAAUAAAUAAACCAGGCGGUGAAGUGGUGUGGUGUCUUUCUUUUUGCAUUUUUAAUUUCAUUUUACCAUGCAAAAUGAAACUUAGAAGUGCUUGAGGUUAUGCAAUUGGCUUUUUUUUUUUUUUUAUAACUGAAAUGCGUUGUGUUUGCAACCAUUUACUGUAGGUAAACUGUUUUGGACAAACCUUUAUUGUAUUUUUUUUUUAAUAAACUUCAUUGUAUUUCUAGUACUACAUUAAUAUUUUUGGGAGUAGUUUGCAGAAACUGAUUGCAGAGUUUUUUUAUGACAAUGAUUGUAUUGAAUUAUAGCUACCUAAAUGCCCACAAUUUUUGUGUAUAAUUUAUGCAUGAAUAUGUGCUAAAUAUUUGAACAGGGAAAAGUACAUUAACACAGCAGGCUGCUGAUUAUAGCUAAAGAUGAUCUAAGAAAAUAUUUCAUAAAUCAUUUAAAUUUAAAGCACACAUUUGGUGUUUCAGAAACUUCUUUUUUUUUUUUUCUUUCUAUGUGGUGUGUGUAAUGCUUAUAUACUUUGCUUACUUUGUUCUUAAAUGCAGCAGUGAUCAAGUCCCUUCAAAGAACUGCACAAUUUCAUUAUGGUAACUAAUUUAAAGGUGGCUAACUUUGAGGCUUAUUUUAACAAAUGUAUUUUACAGUGCAGCUAAAACAUGCCUGUCUUUAUAUAAAAUCAUAAAGAGGUGAGAUAGAAAUCUGGUAUAACAGCUAAAAUUACAGACUUAAUUGGAAUUCCUUUGGUUUCUUGUAAAACUUUUGUAAUUUCAAAAUGAUUAAUGCACCAUUUACCCACACAUUCCAUAUUUUAAUAAGUAUGGAACAAAGUAAAGCAUUUGCAUUAACAUGUUUGGGGACUGUAUAGGAUACAGUUCAUAAGGGUUUUGUAGCACAACAUGUCUUUGUCACUGCAGGGGGAAAAUGUAAAUACUAAAUGUAAUUAGUAACAUUAAUUUAGAAAUUCUUUGCUAACGGCAAAAGUAAUAAUAUUGGUAAUAGUGUAAAGGAGCAGCUGGGACCCCUUCUAGGACAAAGUAAUAAAUGGCGCACUGAUGUGUAAACUGCAAAAAGAAAAAUUGUUGAAUAUGUAAAAAAAAAAAAGACAAAUUGCUUUAAGAAUUUCAAUAUGUUGUCAUAUUGUUCAACAUUUCUAUUAAAACUUCAUCACCUUUAACCCCUUGAA